AUGGCUAGUCAGAAUGUAGAACAGGAUUGUGAAACCAAUGUGAGCCCAGGUGUUAAUCAAGAGCCUGUAAGCAAGGACAUCCCUAAUUCUUCACCUGAUUCAGAAGCAGAUUCAAGAGAAGGUCUUGUGAGGCAAGAUGAUCAAGAUGUGAUACAAGAUCCAGCCUUUGAAGAGAGACCCCCACCUGAAGACCAAAGCCAACAUACAGCCAGUGAGGAAGAUAACACCAACAUCCUCAGUUUGCCCUUCCCCAGGAAGCUCUGGACCAUUGUGCAGAAUGAGGCAUUCAAGUCUGUGAAGUGGACUGAGGAAGGAGACACCAUAAUGAUUGAGGUAGACCUUUUCCAGAGAGAGGUCCUUCACCUCAAGGGGGCAAAGAAGAUUUUUGAAACAGACAGCUUGAAGAGUUUUAUUCGCCAGCUCAACAUGUAUGGGUUCAGGAAGAUAUGCCACGAGACCUCUGUGGUUUCCUCUGGAGAGAACAGGAGAAUAAUGAUGUACCGCAACUUCAACUUUCAGAGAGAUAAGCCCGGACUCCUUAAGUAUAUCUGGGGAAAAGAAGACCUAGUAAAUCUUACCCACCAGGCUAUCUGUGUACCUAUUGUGCCUAGAUCUGCUCAAGAGCCAAUUUCCAAAAAAAAGAAGUUACCAACCAGAUGUUCUCCACGAUUCUAUCAUAAACCUGAGGAAGACAGUGAAGAGUCCAAGAAGAAAAGCUCUGAUGACCAGGCACCCAAAGGAAAUCAGGGCUUUGUAUUCUCUACUGUAUGGGCUAUGAAAACUAUUCCUGGAUGUUCCCUAGAAAGGCAGUCUCCUGGGGAGUCAAGUAACCCAACUGCAGAAGACACCUCAGGCAAUAUUAUAUGUAUGCCUCCAACUACUCCUCAAAUUCAGGGCAUGGAAGAAGUGCCCAGUGCUAGCUCAUCAUACCCCAUUUUGGGUUCUAUGAUGUCUCUGUAUAACAACUGUUGUUCUGUCCUAUUGUCUGCCCUCUUAGAAAGGCCUACAAAUGAAUCCCCUGAUGAAGAAGAGCAGGAAGGCUCCUCAGAUUACAAGUGUGUAAUCUGUGAGCCCAUAAAGAAUAGCCCUCGCUUAUGA